CAAUGUCGCUAAAACUGACAUGACAUUAAGUUGAGUAGAGCAUUGCAUUAUCGACUUCGAGUCGAUCGACCGACGGUUUUAGAUUUUGGAAUUUACAAUUUCAAUGAGUUUAUUUGAAUUAAAGUAAUAAUGGCUGCAGUAUUUAAAAGUGGAUUCUCAGUUAUAAGAAAUAUUGCACUAUCAACUUCAACUCGUGCCAUUGCCACGUCUAGACCUUUAAAUUUGAAAGAAAUUCGCGAGAAAAAUGAAGGUGGUACACUGGUAGUAGAGGGUGUAAAUGUUACUUCUCCAAGGUCGGAGUUAUUAAUUCGGGCUGAGAAGCUGAGCCCACCACCGGAGCCUCUUCAGAAGUCUGAAAUUGCACCAUGCUACAUGUGCGCUUUAGGCUUAGACGUGAAACACACUGAUGUGCUUAUUCUGAGUCAGUUCGUCAGGUCUGAUGGGUGUAUGUUACCUCGGCGUAUUACAGGCUUGUGCCGCAGGCAACAGAAGAAAAUUGGCAAGAUGGUCACAAUGGCACAAAAAGCAGGUCUAAUGAUAAAUCUCACUCCUGCAUAUUGUAAUAAGGACCCCAAGAAAAGGCGAGAUUAUAAGAAAUUUAAUACCUACUUUGAUGAAGCAACAAUAUUCUGGAAGAGGAUACCGAAACAGAAUGAUCGAUUUAAACGAUAGUAAUUUCAUAUAGUUUUAAACACAGAUAAUAAAAUAAUGUUUUAGUUUAUUA